CGCUGGACACGCGGGCGCCCGAGGCCGCCUUCCCGCGGACCACGCGCCUCCGUGCCGUCAAGGUGGACUCCCCUGGCAAGAGGCCCGACGUGAUCUCCAAAGGGGAAGCGCGCGACAUCACGGAAAUGGCCAACAAAGCCUCUAAAGAGCCUGUGGGCUGCGUCAAUAACAUUGGGUUUUUUGCUUCGCUCGCACGGAGCGCCAGCAGAGACAGUGUGCAGAGCACGCGGGGCUCCAACCGGCUGCGGCCCUCCGCCCUGGGGCUGGCCGCCAGCCUCCAGCACUUCCAGGAAGACAGCGCCAAGAAAAGCUCUCCCCAGAGCGAACCCGGGGAGGGUUUUCUAGUGUUUUGUGUUUUAAUUGUAGUCUGCCCGUGGUAGUGGAAUGAAUGGAAAUAAUGCAGCAGCAGGGAAAAGAGUCGG